UAUGUGUGUGUAUAUAUACAUAUGAGAGAAAAAGAAAAUAUUUUCCCAAAGAAUCGUUGAUCAUUGUUUCUAACCUUUUUAAAUAAAUUGAAUUGACAAUUUAAAUUAACGAACAGCUUGUAAAAAAUUUACUUUGUUAUUUACCUAUGAAUAUUGAAUUCUGCACGCAAUGGAGUAUCAAGAUACGACCAAGAGUGAUACUAAUGACAAUUGUAAUUCAAGUCCCUCUUCUGAAGUAAUAACAAAUGAAAAAACUAAUGACAAUUCGUCAAAUAAUACAUUUGACACGUGUAUUGAUAAUACAAUAAAAGCACAAGAUGCUACUGCAACUACCUCAGAUAAUAAAUCGGAAGAGAACAUAGACUUCAAAGUUAUUUAUAACAAGCAAAAGAUUAAUGUCAAUUUUCAACCGGAUGGUACAGUAUUGGAAUUGAAACACUAUCUUCAAAAUAUAAUAUCCGUACCUGAAGCUAUGCAAAAAGUGAUGUUCAAAGGUUUAGCCAAGGACAAUCAAACAUUGAAAAGUUUAGGAAUAGUUAAAGGUGCUAAAGUUAUGAUAGUUGGUUCUAAAUUGGACGAUGUUUUGGCUGUGACAAUUCCAACAAAACAUGAAUUUGCUGAUGAAUCUACAAGUGCUUCAAGUAAAGAACCAUUGUCGCAACAAAAAUUACAUCGAAAAGUUUUAGAUAAGGGUAUUCCUGAGGAUGCAAUGCCCGGAAUUUUAGAUUCUAAGGAGCCUUUGCCUGAUGUCCCAUUGGCUGGAAUGCUUAAUAAAUCAGGCGGUAAAGUAAGAUUGACAUUUAAAUUAGAAAAUGACCAAUUAUGGAUUGGCACAAAAGAAAGGACUGAAAAAAUUUCAAUGAAUUCGAUAAAAGGUGUUCACAGUGAACCAAUUCACGAUCAUCCAGAAUAUCACAUAAUGGCUAUUCAACUAGGUCCUACCGAAGCAUCAAGGUACUGGAUAUAUUGGGUUCCCGCACAAUACAUAUCAGCUAUCAAAGAUGCAAUUCUUGGUAAAUGGUGCUAUUUUUGAUUGAAUUUUCAUAAAUAUUUCAUAUCGUAACAUAUUAAGGGUAAAAAAAAAAAAAAAAGAUGUAUACAUCGAGAUAAAGGACUGUCCUAGUCAUGCAUAAAA